CCAUCCUGGUAACUUGUGCUCUCGCUUGUGUACCGGUGCUGGUACGUUCGAAUGGAAUGUUCGGAGCACCAGAGCCACCUGCAGGGAUGGACAAAAUGGUACAAGAGGGAGAGAAGAUGAAAUCUGAGGCUGACGAAGCCGGCAUGUCAGAAGAGCAGUUUUACCGUUGCUUUGCUGACAUCAACUGCAAAUUAGGUCCAGAAGUUUUCGAGCAACUGACAAAAUGUUACUUUCAUCUCCCAACGGAAGAAGUAACCGAAUAUGCCGGAUGGUUUAAGAGUUGUCCUUUGGGAAACUUUGACACUCCAACUAUAGAAGCAGUCGUUGAAGAAUUUUGCCCAAUGGAUUAUCCGACUAAGAGGAAAGUUAACGAUUUCUUUGCCGAUCAAUGCAUGGAAAAACUUACGGAACUGUGCCAGCAGCCCGAGAAUAAGAAGAGAUGCAAAAGGCUCAAGAAGACUUCGACUUGCAUCUCUAACCUCAUUGAAGAAAAGGUAAUGACGGGAGAGUGUGAAACGAUAGUAUCCAAAGGAAACCCGCUCUGAGUUGCCUUCCUAAAAAUGAAAUAGACAUUGGAUUCCAAGAUGCAAAAAACCAAUCCAUGCUUUAGAAUCUUAUCACGCUUAUCUAUUCACGUAACUGAAAUUUUGUAGCAUUUUACGGAAGAAAUAAAUGUAAUUAAGAUCAAA